GGGAGUCAGGGGAGUGCGUUGACCAAUCAGAGCGCCGCUUUUUACUACUACCAGCAAAGUAUCACUGCAGCCGGCCAUGUUUAUUUAAAAGACGGCGAUAAAAUGAUCACGAAUUUUAGCGUCUAGCGGCCGUGAUUGUGCCUCCCUUUGUCGAGUCGAUGGUGAACUGAUCUAAAGGGUUGCUACCAUGGACAUCGAGGAGACAACGGCCCUCGGCCAGCUUUUCCAGCACAUCAUCACUGACAUGAAGAAUGGGGCCCCCUUAUGGGAAGACUUUGUCAGCAAAGCUACCAAGCUACAUUCAUGCUUACGGGCAACUUUGCAAGCAAUUGGACUUUAUCUGGAGGCGUUUCAGAAAAUCGCAGAUGCAGCUACCAACUCUAAAGGAGCAACCAAAGAUAUUGGCACGGCCCUCACGAGAAUUUGCUUGCGUCAGAGAGCAGUGGAGAGCAGAGUUAAAUCUUUUACAAGUGCUAUUAUGGAUUGCCUUGUAAAUCCUCUGCAAGACAGGCUCGAAGAUUGGAAAAAAGCCACAGUAAAUUUAGAUAAGGAACACAGCAAAGAAACGAAAAGAGCCAGAUCGGAGCUCAAGAAACGUUCGACUGACACUUUGCGCCUGCAAAAGAAAGCUCGUAAGGGCCUGACUAGCACCUCUUCAUCUUCGUCUCUGGCUCAAGGAAUCACUGCAGCAAUGGACCCUCUUGACUCUCAGCAAAAACUACUUCAGUCUGGCAUACAGCAGUUAGGAGAGUGUGAAGGCAAGUCUGUCCGAGCUGUGUUGGCAGAGGGACGUGGCAGAUUUUGCAUUUUUGUCACUUUGCUAAGACCAGUACUUGAACAAGAAGUAGCCAUUUUCUGGGAACUGAGUCACGUCCAGGAGGCACUUGAUGAGCUCAACAAAGCCAUUGGAGAUCCUAAAACUCUACCAGAUACUAUUGAACAGGCUUUGCAAGAGCUGACAAAUGCCUCGGCUGCUCAAGAAGCAGCUUGGGUAAAUGCAUCCAACACAAACAAUCGAGAUUCGUCCCCGCCCAGUAGCAUGGGUUCUAGAAAGUCCUCUGUUGGCUCUGCUGCCUCUCUGCAAAGUCUGAGCAGCCACAGUGGAGGUGCUGCAGCUAGUCAGAAUGCCUGGCCCCAAAGAGCAAACACAAUGAGCAAGCUUUCGAGACCUCCUGCAUGGUUACGUGCUGUGUCUCAAGACUCUGGAUUCGUCUCAUCGCAAGAUAGACUUUUCCCCUACUAUCUUGGCCAAAAGGGGAAUGACACUGCGAAUGGAGAUGGUUCCAACUGUAGCACUCCAACAACCAGCGGUGGAAUUAUGGAAGAGCUUGCUGCACCUGAUUGCAAGGAUUCUGGCACUGCCAAUCAGCCCAGUUCGUGGCCAAAUCUUCAAGAAACCUUGCAGUUUGAAAGAGCAGCAAGUGCCAUAAUGGCUGACCAGCAGCAACAGCAAGUCGGUCCAGCUGCUGCUCAACAGAACCAGCGCAGACCGCAUACUAUAUCAGCCGCAUACGGCCAACCAACUGCCAGGCCACCUAUAGCUUCAUACCAUUUUUCACCUCCACCCUCAAGCCCUGCUCCUGAUGGACAGAAUUCUAGGCCCCCAACAGGCGCAGGUGCCAAUGGAAGACCAGCUGUGCCUAAGCGGUGUUCUUCAUUAGAAAGACCUGAACGUCCCUCUGUCCUAGUUCCAAAGCCUGCUCAUGCUCGCAUUGAUGCUAUAUACGACCAAGAGACUCCCACAAAUGAGGUCAUAGUCUGCCCUGUCUACGUCAACAUGCACGAACUUGCCAAUUUAGCAGCUAACAAAUCAACUGACAGAGCUGGUGCCACUGCUGUUGAAAACAAAGAUCUUGAGAAUAGCAGCGAAAGCUCGCAUGAGUCGUCUAGUGGUUACGGCAGCCAAACGAUGCCUCUUCAUGGUGCCCAUGAAGAUCUUCCACAUCCUGAUGUUCAAAAUGAUGAUCUGAUUGAUAUGCUUCCGUUGCCUCCAUCUCCUUUGAUGAUCAGACCUGUUCGCCAACUCCAUAGACCAAUGUCAUUUUCAGGCUUUCCUCCUCACAGUGGCAACACAGGCUCAUUCCGAAUCCCAAGACGCGGCAGCACAAGUGCUCCUCCUCCACCACCAAUUCGCAGAACCUCGUCCAUAUCUACUGUCAAUAAGAUGCCACUAGGCGCUGACGACCUUCCGCCGCCCCCUUCACCCUCUUUCUUGCAGCAACAGCACCAGCAAAAUCAGCAGCACUUGUACGGCAAUAUCGGAGAAUGUCACAUGCGGAGCUACACUGAAGUGCCACACAUGCCUAGUCAGAGCCGACGGCCUCCUACCUCGGAAGAAAUAUACCGAACGUCGACUGUUGCCGAUACGGUUCGCACUCUCAGCCAGCAACCAUCUUGGAGACCAGGAGAAGAAAUAUACAAGCCUGUUGCCGACGCCAUGAAAAGGCAGUACCAGGAUGCCAAAGGAAAUGUUGCUGACACUGUUCGCACAUUGACCGAGCUUAGGCACCAGCCUGCCAGUCCCAUUCAACAAAGAAGGAAUGUGAGAGUUUCUAAUGAAAAUUUGAGCUUGAUAGAAGAUGAUGUUUACGUAAGCAGAAGUCCUGCUACCACUCGAAAGUUAUAUCAGGACCACCAAAUGACAACUAACUACAGUCCUAGCACCAGCCGAAAAAUGUUUGAACAGCAACAACAGCAGGCAAUUUACAAAGUGACCCGAAAUCCAGAAUAUGAAGACCCAUCCAAGCUGCGUCUGAUCCAGCAGAUGAAAAUCAGUAAGCUCAAACAAGAAAAGGCUGGUGCAGGUCAAGGGCACCCUUCGCAAAUCAUGAGGAGAUAUUCUGAGGAAGACAGCAAGCCUCAAGAGGCGCAGCAACAGACAUUUUUGUUGCAAAGUCUGACCACCAGACUGACACAGAUGCAGAUGAACAACAAAGCCUUGCGGGUGCGGAGUCUGAUUGCCAGCCGAACGGUCAAGGAUCCUACCCUGGUGCAUGACAGCUUGAUGGAUCAGAUUAAACGGGGUACUCGACUCCGCACUACUCCCACAGAUGAGCACGCUCAUCCUCAGUUCUCUUGAACAGCAAUAAUUCCGAAUAAUUAUAAGAAGUAAUCAAAAAAAUACUUACCACUUAAAAAUUAAAAUUCUGGCAAACUAGAAUCAGAAUCACAUCUGGAGCUAUCUUUUGCAGCGCCUUAUAUGGCAACAAUGCAGCAACAAAAUGUUAUUUUACAGGACAAUAAUAUCUGUGCAUCUCGAAACAGCUUUUAUUUUGGGCAUCUCAAAUUUCGCCUUGCUGUUGAAUUGAAAAUUGAAAUCUGAUUAGCUGUGUACAUUUGAAAGUCGAGGCUUGCCAUUUAACAAGUGUUUCAAUUUCUUAACUGAAAUGCUGUUGACUUAAAUAUCAAUUGUGGUGUUUGCCUCCUUGUCAAUUAUCUCUCCAUCUUGUUAGAGAAACAUUAAAAACUUGUCUGUACAUUGACGGAAAUCCACUGAAAAACGAUGUUCCCAAUUAUGACCUUUUUCAUGGUGUAUGUUUUAUAUAUGCACAAUUUCAACACAUUCUUUACCUGUUUAAGUUGUUAUCUUAAUAGCAGGUGAUUUGAGUACAACCUAUUAUUUUUAAUUGGCUCUUGAUUGAUUAAGUUGCAUUUGUUUUUUUCACUAGUAGUUUAUUAGUCAAAAAUCUUUAUUAGUGUUCAAAUUAGAGAAUCGCCGAAUAUUUACAUUCAGAAGUUUGAGAGAAAAUAUGGAGGCUCAAAACUAAAGUAACUUAAAUUGAUUUGAUAAUCUCUUCAAGUCUGAAAAUGACCUGGUUAAUUAGUAAGUCUUAAAAAGUAGUGAAUUGAGUAUAUCAAGCAAUUCUACCUGUUCGUUCUUAUAUCGCGGAAUCAUGCUUCCAGUGGCUGCAAAGACCUGCACUUAUAGCAAAGCUUCCAAUUACACAUUGGAAGUAGAAAAUCUCAGGAUGAUUGUAAAACCUAAAAUGCAUACUAAUCUUCAAAAUUAAUCUAUAGGAUUUUAUUUGUUAGAUUAAAGAAGACUUGGAAAAACUAGUUACUAAACAAAAUUUUGGAACACACAAGGCAAAAGUCAAAAUUUGACUCGAUUUGCUUGCUUGGUGUCCCUAACAAAUAAUUCAUUAUUAUUGCUGUUAUGCUCUCUUAUGUACAAGACUGGAGAACUUAUCUCUGAUUUUUGUAUGGUCAUACUUAAGGUACACAAAAAAUUCUAAAAGAAAAAAAUGGCAGAUUUGUGGAAAAUUUUUUGAUUCACAUAGUGUUUUUGCUUAGCAGACUUUUUGCAACCUAAAUAAGGUUGCAAUUAUUUUUCUUAUUCCAUCCUAUACUGAUAAUGGUAAAUGCACAUUUCAAGAAUAUUUUUAAUAGCAAAACCACAUAACUGAAUAUAUGUGGAUAGAAAUAAUCGAAAAUGCACUACACCAUACGAGAUAUUUGUAAGAAACCUACUUUCCUGUUUCCUCUAACUGUAAUACAUAUGUCAUGUGGUGUGCAUAAAGACUAAAUAACUUCAAGUCGACGUAUUAUAAUAAGUGUGCAUAUCACUCCCUUCAGCAUAAUUAAUCAGAUACUUGGAUUCUUCCUUCCUCCAGAUACCACGAAAUGUCUAAUCUGCUAUAUCACUCUUCAUGUACAUAUGAAGCACAAGAAUAAAACUUACUUAUUAAGGUGUAGUAGCAGCCCUUUUUACAUGUGUAUGUAGUAGUCGGUAUCUUUUUUAUUGUUCGCUGGGUGACUGACCAAAGUUGAGCAACAAUAAGAAAUGCAAACAAUACAACUUGUUGUGAUGCCCCCUUGUUCAGUUCCUUUGUUCCAUAUGUUAGGUUUAGUUGCACUAUGGCAUUAUUUAUUUCUUUAUAUUUAUAUGUAGUUUGAUCUUACACUAUGGCAAGAAAAACAAAAAUGUGAUUUUGUCUUAAAAAUUGAUUUUUUUUUCUUUAAGUAUGAAACAAAUAAAUGAGUGCUUCAAUAUGAA